AAAGAUAAUGUCAUUCUUAUCUUUGUAACGCCGAAAAACAAGUAAACCGCGAUUUGAGUUUGUGUUUGACAUGUUUAGUAUUUUAUGUUAUUCUUUUACCUGUUUCAAGUUUUUAUAAAUAUUUAUCAACAGUUAUGCUUAUGUUAAAUUAAUUUCACCUCUUUUUUUUAAUUUCAAGUUUUUUCAAUUCUCAGUCGGUUUUUGACCACUUGUAAGUGAAAUAUCUAUAUAAUAGUUCUUCAAGACUGAUCAUAAUUUGCUAUACUUCCGAGUAUUACAAUGAGUUCAGGACUGGAGAGCUAUGUUAACCAUACUGUUUCUAUUAUAACAUCAGAUGGCAGAAACUUUGUGGGUACCCUCAAAGGAUUUGAUCAAACUAUAAAUAUAAUCUUAGACGACAGCCAUGAACGUGUAUACAGCCCGAAUCAAGGUGUUGAACAAAUUAUAUUAGGUUUACAUCUCAUUCGUGGUGACAAUGUUGCUAUAAUUGGUGAAGUAGACGAAACGAUGGAUUCCUCAAUUGAUUUGAGUGCAAUCAGAGCAGAACCUAUUGGAUCAGUAGUAUUUUAAGACAUUUUAUAAUAUUAUGAAUAUUAAAUGCAUUGAUUCUAUUAUAUUAAGUAAUUGUUACUAUUAAAGCUAUGAUAGUAAUAUAAAUAUAA